CCCUGUGAAAGCUAUGUGAUUCUACAUGUGUCUCGUGUAGAUGGAACAAAAGUUAUCGUAGUGGCGGCCCAUAGCUCUUCAAAUGUGAUGUGAGUGCUUAUGAAAAAAAAAAAAGUUACAAAAGGGAACUUAAUUGAGUUCAUAAGAAUUGUAGCCUCUAUAAUGUGCUGACUAAAAUGGUGUUUUGCACGUUCUUUAUUGUAAUAUGCAGAGCAUAUUUCUGGUGCAAGGUCUUUAAUGCAGCAUUUCAGCGAUUGUUUACUAAUGUCUUGUUAUGAACAUGGAAUGAAAUGGGGAUUAACGUGGGAGAUUAAAAAUUGUAGGCAACCAAUAACCUGCAGUGUGCGGUUACCAAUGAGUUGCUCAAGACGGUUCUUAAUGACUGAUAUUGAUAUAUGGUAAUUUCUUUACCGGAUCACAUGACACAAUUACCUCAAGAAUCGAUCAAGAUGAAUUGCACGUCAGCCUACGUUUCCGAUUUUUUCUCCCUCACGGGUCCUGUCCACACGCCUAUGGUGCAAUAGAUGGACAAAGUUUAACCCAGUCAAGCUGCCUAUUGCUGCUCCGCGACGCUAAACCGAGAUAUGACGGACUACGAUGAUCGCAGCAACUGCGCUUCUAACAUGUAUUUACCGAACUCUCAAGUCCAACCUGUUCGUGAAGUGUCUUUCCGGGACUAUGGACUGGAUCACCCGAGCAAAUGGCAUUACAGGGGCAAUUACGCUUCCUAUUAUUCAACGGAGGAGAUAAUGCAUCGAGAUCUACUCCAGUCGUCAAACCGGGCGGAAAUGAUAUUUAAAAACGAUUCCAUGUACAGCCACCACGGCGGCUCAAACACGGCGUGCAAUUUUUUCACCAAUGUUGGCAGAAACGGAGUACUUCCUCAAGGAUUUGAUCAAUUUUUUGAAACUAUCAAUGCUGAAAAGCCCAACCCCGAGCACCCCAAACAAAAGGUAGUGCCUGAUGUCCCCGGAGAUGCCGCAUGUAAUAAAGUCUCUCCAGAUAGCGCGGAGCAGACUAAGAGACACCCAGCUGAAACCGCGGACGAUGAAUCCUCACUAUCAGCUUGCGGGGACGGCAAGAGCAACGGCCCAAGCGCAAAGUCCAGAAAAAAGAGGUGUCCUUAUUCAAAAUACCAGAUACGAGAACUUGAACGAGAAUUCUUUUUCAACGUUUACAUAAACAAAGAGAAACGUCUACAGUUGUCAAGAAUGCUAAACCUUACAGACCGGCAAGUCAAGAUCUGGUUCCAGAACAGAAGGAUGAAAGAGAAAAAGCUGAACCGAGAUCGACUUCAGUACUUCACUGGAAACCCUUUAUUCUGAAACACGACAUUGCCCACUUUGGUAGACCAGUUCAUGGCUUCCAGUGUCAUGAUUAUGCAGACUAUGUUGCUGGGACAUUAUACAUUCAACCAAAUAAAACAUGCAAUCUAAAGCCGUUCCUAGGUCUGAUGUAUAUUUUUAACUAUGCAAAGCAUUUGGUACUAGAAGAAAGAACUCUUACCUCAGUGAAAAUUAUACACCGUUUAUUUAAGGUGAAUGUAAAUUGAUCCAUAAAAAGCAAACAUUCUCAAAAUAAGGGUACCUCGACAAUCUUUUCAUACUCUGUUGUUUAAUGGUGAAUGCCACUGAAAUGUAACCACAUUGUAUAUUAUUUAUUGCAAUUUACAUGGUACAUAGAAGGCUACGUAAGUCACAUCCAUUGCAGUAAGCAAAAAAUAAUUUUGAUUACAAUAAUCAAUACAUAUUUCAAUUAUAGUAGAAUUGUGUAUGCAUUUGUUUGAUAGUAGCAUGUCGUGUAUUGGUGUAUUAAAUAAAACAUUAAAAGUCAAAAUUCUUUUGAA